GUCGUGUCCCUAGGUACUCCAUUAGAAGUGCAAGUUAUAAGUAAUAAAAGUUCAUGUUCCACAUAUUUAUAUCUGUGUAUAUAAACAAUUACAAACUAUUUCAUACGUAGUACAACAUAGGGAUUAAAAAAACAAUUACAGACUAUUUCAUUUUUGAAUCUCGAUCUGAUUUUUGAGGAUUGUUUCAAGGCCUGAUUCCACAGAAAACUCAAGAAACGAAGAAAUUGGAGUUCGUGGGUACUGUUCAUAGCAGAUUCUAUUUCUUCAGAUUUCUCAAGAUCUUGUUGGUCAAAUUAGUUUCUGAAGCCAGAUUGGAGCUCGCCUUGUUCAUACGAAGCUAAGGAAUCCUCUUUUGACUCCUACAAGCUAAUAUCCAAGUUUUCCCCAAAUUCUAGGGUACUGUAGCUCGCACGCAGGGCAGUUUCCUGUUUUAUUUUUUUCUGGAAUUCGUGUUCAUUUGCUGAAAGAAAUAAUUAUACUGUGUGAAUCUCCUUGCUAAGGAGAACAUUCUGUGAAUUUUUCCUAUUUUUCCGAGUUGUUUGAAAAAACCGAGUUACUGUUCAUCUUCCCCAAAGCUGGAAACACAGGCUCCUACAGUAAUUCCUGCGCACCAGACUACUUAGGAAUUUUUUCUGAACUCUGUACUAGUCCGUUUGCCAAACGGAUUUCACUAGCCUGCUCCAUAUUACUAGGGGUAUCAUGGAGAGUAUUCUUGGAAUUUUCUGAGCAUGUUCAACUGAGGCCCGAACUGUUCACCAUCUUCCCCAAUGACGAGGAAAAAUAAACAGUCUCGUACCCCUCCGUUGAAAGACCAGCAGUUUGAGGAGAAAUUCAAGAAGCUUCAAGCUAGGCAAUUGGAGCUUGAACUUAAGAAGAAAGAAGAUGGAACUACCAAGAAGAUGUUACCUCCUUAUGUUGCUAAAGUGGCUCCUAAAAUGACUAUCAAUCCGGUAGUUCCACUUUUAGGGGAAACUGCUUCUUCUAAUGCCGAGCCCUCAAAGGCGUUUUCCUUUGAACAACCGGUUGUCUCUACAGGUGCUCCUGAUGCCAAUGAGUUACCUAGCUCAAAUAUUCAUGUCCUGGAUGGUGUUGAUGGCUUGGAUGGUGUUGAUGGCAUUGUGGGUAAAGAAGUUGAAAGCCAUGGUUCAGAUGAUAUAUCUUCUAGCUACAAAGAGGACCAUGGAGAGCAUGAGGAACCUGGGGUAAAGAAGCCGUGGGUCAACCUCUUUCAUGACAAUAGGGUCCCUUUCUCAUGGGAUGAAGCUAGACUACGUGGAACCAAAAGGCGAUAUUGUGGACUUCUCAAACCGUAAGCUCCCCACUCUCAUUGAGAUUUGGGGCUUUUGUUUGGUUGUUUUUUUUGCAGGUAGGUUCCCGGCCAUGCGCGCUAUACAAGCACUCACUCUCAAAUGGGGUGUGCAUUGCAAGUUCAAAUCACAUGAUAAGGGUUGGGUGAUUUUUCACUUUCAAAGUGAAGAAGACCGCACUAAAGUUCUUGUGGAGGGACCUUAUUCUCUUUAUGGAAAGGCCCUUUUCCUAAAGGUUUUGUCCGAAGACUUUGAGGUACAUUGUGACACCCCGAAAAAUUUAAAUAAAAUAAAUAAAUUUUACUAGUCAGAUAAAAUAUUAUGAAAGUCACAUUUUAAUAAUUAAGUGUAUCAGAUAAAUAAUAACAAUUGUGAUAACAUUAAUCAAAUAAAAAUGUUUCAACAAUAAAAGUGACAUGUUAUAAUAAUAAUUAUAUUGAUCAUAUAAGACUUUGACUUAAAUAACAAAAGUGACAUUUUUGUAACAAGUGGUAACUAUACAUAUAACAUAAAUAAUACUCCCUCCGUUCUUUAAUAUAAGUCCUCUUAGGCUUUGGCACGGGUUUUAAGAGGAAAAUAGUAGGGGUAGCGUAAAAGGUGUAAUGAGUAGUGGGUAAAUGAAAAAGUAGGAAAGAGAAAGGGGUAAUGGUAAUAAAAGUGGGGGUAUAAAGGUAUAUUUAAAGUAAAAACUUUCCUUAAAUGGAAAGGAGGACAAAUAAAAAAAAACGUCCCAAAAAAAAAUCAAGGACUUUUACUAAAGAACAGAGGGAGUACAAGUGACCUUUUAGCAAUUUUAAUUCAAAAGUAUGGAUUAAUAUGUGUACAAAAAUAUACUACUACACGUACUAAAUACCACACAAAAUAAUAAUGUUGACUUUUCUAAUUUGAUAAUAAUACUCCAUAGAUAAGUUCAAAACCAUCACAAGGAUUACGCCUGCCCAUUUACAUAUUAAGUAAUAAAAUAUGAAAUAUACAAAUAUAGGUGUGGUGCAUAAUAAUGAGUAGGUGAUAAUGUAUAGCAAUAAUACAGGAGAAGGAUACAAAGGAAAUCGAUGUACAUAGACAUGGGCAUGAUCGGAUGAGGCCAAAAAAAAAAUUACAGAAGUUUGAUUAGCUAAGCAUUUACACAUCCGGUUACAAAUUCACAUGGGUGAUCGAAUAAGUUGAAUCAAAAGCGUCGGUGCAAUAUACUCGACCUCUUUAAACAAUAAUUGACUAAAACGUCAUAUGGCUGAAAUUAAAGUAUAGCUUCCUGAUGACUCCUAUAUAUACAUGCGUCUUAUACCCAUUGACAUGCAAAGAAAAUAAAAACAAAAGAAAGAGAGGAAGAGAGUGAGAGUGAGGGUGUGAGUCGGCCGUCGCAAGGAAGAGAGGAAGUUCGCCGGCGAAAGGACCUCGGCGGCAUUGCCGCUCCUUGCCGGAGAAAAAGACCUGGUUGUACGCCGGACUAGUUCACGCCAGAGGAAGUGGAGAAGCUAGAGUUUCUGCCACAGGACCUGACUGCUGCCGCUGAACGUCACAGCAACCCCCCAACCAGUCACCGUGGAGGAGGAGCUCGCCGGAGUGGAAACUCGUCUGCCGGACGGAAGAAGGAAGCUGCCGGCCGCCUGCCACAGUACGACAUCGUUAUUUUCGCCGGAGUCCGCUGAAACUUCUGUGCGGAGGAGGAGGACAUCAUAUUGUCGCUCGUAUUGUCGCUACUCCCUGCAUCGCCAGAACUGUUUUUGCGGAGAAGAUGACGAAGCAAGGUGAUUUUGGUGAAGAUCGAGGUAGAAGCUUCGGUUAGGAUUUACUGCAACUCGAGGUAAGUACUAUGUCAACCAAAUUUCAUGCUUUUCCCAUAUAAAUUUAUUUGUGACUAGUUAUUUGAGAUCAUUUGAGUAUAUGAUAGUUAAUGAGAUUUUACGUAGCAAUUGUGAUUGUGAAUUAUAUAUAUUUGAGAUUUGAAUAUUUUAUAUUGGGUGAUAUUUUGAGCAUUUGAAUUUUCAUAUGAAUUGUUCUUGGAUUGAGAUUUGAGAUUUGAGCUAUUUAUGAAGUAUCCUAUAUUUUGGACUAUUUGUGGUAUAUUUGAGUAUGAUGAGUUGGAGUUAAUAGUUUCGUUAUGAAUAAUUUGGUGGAAUUUGGAUUUCAUAUCCAUUUUGGUUGAGAUUUUGAUAUUGGAACUUUGAGAUUGAAUUAUGAUUUGUGAGUACUCGGAGAAAUGUGGAUUUGGUGAGUGGUAAUGGCUAUAAGUCUAAUUCCACCAGGGAUCUCCCAAAAGUGGAGUAUCCCAGCUUAUUUGUAGUAGUCGGUAGAAAAAUCCCGACUACUCGGACUUUUUACUACCCGGAGAGCUUGGAAUCUCUUUUAGGGGGUGUGCACACUUAAGGUAGGAGUUCGGCUUCCAUUGGAUUUGGUUGAGUUUGAAUGAUUGAACUUGAGAUGAUUUGGAUUAUUUGGUUGGACUUGAUGGAGAUGAAUUGAACUACAUUAUAUUGGAGUAUUUGAGUGGGUUAUAUUUGUUUGGAUUGGAUUGAAUUUGAUGUGGUUGAGAUUAUUAAAUUAUUUGUAGAUUUUCAAAGUAAUACUUAUUAAUUUAAUUUGAUAUGGUUAUGUUGAAUAUUGUGUUGGAACAUAUUGUUUUGUUGAUGACAAACAACUAGUGUUAUUUUUAGUCUAUAAGUGAUUGCAGGAAAGGAAGAUAAACCAUAGACCUUAACCCGGAAAUAUCUACAACGGACAUAUAUGUUUUGUUGAUAACUAACCUUGCAGGUGGAACUAAUACAGAAUCAUUUCUAGUUCCUGUUUAAUUUGUGCACUCUUGAAUUAAUAUGAGUGCAUCUACUUGAUUUCCUAUUAAUAUGCUUUCCUUAUGUGAGUGCUCAUAUUUGUCAAGAAUAUUAUUUUGAACAAUAAUAUCUUCUUUGCAUGACCAUUAUAUGAUAUACGUAAUUUGCAUAUGAGUGCCUAUUUGAGUGCUUAUUCUCUUUCCAUACUUGACUUGACAUCCACUCAUUUAAAUAUAGUUUAAUACUUUAUGGAAAGUAUUUUUACUUGCUAUAUUAUGAGUGCAUGGUUUAUAUGAGGAUGUUGACCAUAGCAUUUUGUAUAUUUAAUUUGAUCAUUAAAGUAGCUUGACUUGCAAAUGAUUGCAUAAAUAUUCUCAUAUCCGUAACUUGCUAUGUACUCCCUUUUGGUUUGAAAAAGUUAUCUUUAGUGGAGAUAUUAAAUAAAUAUUUGUUAAAGGAAAGAUACUUUAGAAUAAAUUGCAUGGUUCGAAAGUUGACUGAGCAUAUCUAUAUUUGCUAAGUAAUUGAUUGCAUGAAUAUCUUACUGCCAUGGGACUUUGAUACAUAAUUAAAUAUUGAUCGUUGCAUGCUUGUGUGUGAUAAGCAAAUAUUUUAUUUCCUUGUGCAUGAUGAUAUGUUAUCUUAAUGAUCCUGAGUUAAUUGGGGCAUUAAGUUCGAAUAAGAAGGAACCACAUGGAAGGAAAGCAAUUCAAAAAUAUCAAGGCAAGUCCAUUAAUUUACCAAGUAACCAACUAAGGAAAGAGGAGCCAAUGGACGUCUUGCAUGAGGCUAUAUAUAUCGAGACUCAAGAUGAAUAAGUGUGGCUGGACCGAGAUAGACAUUGAGAGAUAUAUUCAUAAAAGAAUUACUGAAGCUCAAGGCACCUGAAACUGCUCACUCGGAGUUCUAGAUAUAGUUUCUUCUUUCCCUUCUUCGUAUUGUAAUGGGGUUUUGAGGAUUGGCUAAGAGCAGCCUCCUCGGGUUGAUUUGUGUGAGUGAGAGCUUUGUUGUAAAGCUGAGAGACUCUCUACCCGCAAGGUAGAGAAGCGUAACUCUUCCUAGAGAGGAUAGAGUUGGGGUGGCUCAAGGGUAGACUAGGAGAGUUUCCCUUGUAAUCAUUCAAAGGCUAUUUAGUGAAGUUGUUAAAAUUCCUCCGAGGGAGGUCGAGGUUUUUUAAUCCCUUUGAGCCAAGGGAUUUUUCCUCGUUAAAUCCUUGUGCACUUUACUAUUUCGCAACUCCCAUCUCCCCACACUAGAACUGUGCGAAAAACUGCCACGGUUCCACACACACACAAUUCACCCCCCCUCUUGUGUUGCUAACCGUUUUCAUCAAUUGGUAUCAGAGCCGGUCUUCACCACAUAGAGGUUAAUACCUUGGGAAGAGAUCCGGCAAAAUGAACACGGUUGACCGUCUUGAAGAAGGUUAUUCGACCGUACGACCUCCAAUGUUCAAUGGCCAGUUCUAUCAAUUUUGGAAAAGCCGAAUGGAGAACUUUAUCAAAGCCGAUAAUUAUCAGGUAUGGAAUGUGAUAGAAGGUGGCGACAACGUCAUCACAAAGCUAAACGGCGAAGGUAAAAUUGUUCCUAAACCUAAAGCUGAAUUUACUACUAAUGAUUAUCAAAAACUCGAGCAUAAUGCCCAAGCUCUUAAAUACUUGAUUUGUGGUCUUGGUCCUGCUGAACACAACCGAGUUCUAGGAUGUAAGACUGCAAAACAAAUGUGGGAUUUGCUCGAGGUUACUCAUGAAGGUACCUCACGUGUAAAAAAAUCUAAAAUUGACAUAUUUAUGCGUAAUUACGAAUUAUUCGUAAUGAAGCCCGGAGAGUCAAUUAAGGAUAUGAUUACACGUUUUACUAAUAUCAUCAAUGAGCUUUCAGCCCUUGGAAGAGAAAUUACAGUGGAAGAUCAAGUAAGAAAAAUUUUAAGAAGUCUGCCCCAAGUAUGGAAGCCUAAGACCACGGCUAUUGAAGAAGCAAAGGAUCUAUCCACCAUGACGCUUGAAGACUUGACUGGAUCACUCUUGACAUAUGAACUAGGUCUUCAAGAAGAACAAGAUGCCGAGAGUGCAAGGCGAGAGAGAGGAAUUGCUCUAAAAGCUCAAGAAGAGGAGGAAGAAUCCGAAAGUGAAUUGGAAGAUGAGAUGAGCAUAUUUGCUAGACAAUUCGGGAAGAUGUACCGACGGUUCAAGAACAACCGGAACAAACAAGGUAAAAAUAACUUUCAAUCUUUUAAUAACCAAGGCUGUUUUGUUUGUGGUUCCCUUGAGCACAGGGCUAAAGACUGUUCACAAAAGAAAAAUGACCGGAUCUACGACAAGAACAAGUCCAGUUCUAACCGGAGGUCCAGCAAAGACAAAGGGUUCAAAAGAGAUCUCAAAAGGGCAAUGAUGGCAGCCUGGGGAGACUCAUCCGAUGACGAAGAAGAGGAGGGUGAUAAGAACUCUAACCAUACAGGUCUAUGUCUUAUGGCACACUCCGACGAGGAAUCCGACCAAGAGAGCUUCGAGGUAAACUUUGAAAUUUUUCUAUCUAAGUUUGACUCUCUAUCCAAAACCAAAGCCCGGAAAAUUUUCAAAAGAUUGACUAUUGAGCUUAAUCAAAACAUUUCUGAAAAUGAUCAUCUUAAAUCACAAAUCACUGAGCUUGAGUAUAAACUCGAGGAAGCCACGAGAGCCAAGAUAAGGCUUGAAACAAAAGUGGGAGAGUUAAUAGAUGAAAGGCUUAAGUACAGUGAAGUGGUUUUAGAACAAGAUCAAAUCAUUUGCUCUCUUAAGCUCGAUAGUAUGAACAAACAAGUUAAUCAUGAUGAAAAACUUCUCUCAAAAAUUCCGAGCGUUGGUACUUUGAUUGAUCAUCUUCAUCGUCUUGUUGCCGAGUGUACAGAUUUUAAAAAUAGACCGGAAUCUCAAGCAUAUAGUGCGACGAACAAUACCAGGUCUAGACCUUAUUCUGGAACUGGUCCCCCUCGGCACAAUAAGAAGGAAAACGAGACUGCUGGUCUCGGUUAUAUUCCAAGGAACACUCAACCUAAUAAAAAACCUGAUUUUCAGAACCGAUCCUUUAAUGGAAAUAGAACCAGAGGACAACCCAGUUCUAGACCAUAUCAACAACCACCUAGAACUGGACCAAACUGGUUCGAUAGACUGGUUCAGAGGCACAAAAACGGUUAUGGACAAACGCCAAACCGAACUUUUCAUAAGAAAACAAGAGGCUUUUAUGGUAAAUGGAAACCUAAAUACGUUGAUACUUAUGACAACCGAGUUUGCAUGCAUUGUGGCAAAAUCGGGCAUCUUCGGUAUCAAUGUCACUCUCGACAAAAGACCUUAGAAAGAUGUUUUGACUAUGUUCGAUAUCCAUCCUCAAACAAAUACAAAAUGGAACCCAAGCAAGUCUGGGUUCCACGUGCUAACCCAUGAUUCAGGAACAGCGCCAAGUGAGGGGGAACAAUCACUGGUUCCUUGACAGUGGUUGUUCUAAGCACAUGAAUGAAGACUCAUCUUUAUUCCUCUCACUUCGGCCAUUUAAUGGUGGGAAGGUGAUAUUUGGAGACAACGGCAAAGGAGAAAUUGUAGCCGUGGGAAAAAUCAGAAAAUCACCCAGCCAUUUAAUUGAUUUUUUUUUCAAGGUUAUAAGUUCAAUUUGCUAAGUAUCUUUCAAUUCUGUGAUGGAGGUAACAAUGUUAUUUUUAAUAAAGAAUAUGUGCUUAUAAUUAUUGAUGAUUUCUCAAAAUAUAAUUGGACUAUCUUUCUUGCUAGUAAGAAAGAUACUUUUAAUGAGUUUGUUAUUUCUGUAAGGAAAGUUGAGCAUCAAAUAGGGCAACAAUUAAUUAAGAUCUGUUCGGAUCAUGGGACCGAAUUUGACAAUACGCUCUUUGAUACAUUCUGCCAAGAACGAGGAUUAGACCACAACUUCUCCGCUCCUAGAACGCCUCAACAAAAUGGGCUGGUAGAACGGAAGAGUAGAACACUGAAGGAUAUGACUACAACUAUGUUAAUCUCUAGUGAUCUAGCAAAGAAUUUACGGGCAGAAGCUCUAAACAUGGAGAUUGCACCAAUUCCAUGAGCAAGGGGGAACUAAUCAUGAAACCAACUGCCGUAAGGAGAUAGGAGCAGGAACUGAUGAUAAUGUACUAAGAACUGAGGAUAUCCACUGCCAACCAGACUGAAGAACAGGCAGAUCCAGUUCCAGACGACUCACAUGAAAUUGAAGACCAUUCAAAUGCUCCUAGAGGACGGAAACUUCAUCGAUCACAUCCUUUGGAUAACCUCUUGACUACCUAAAUCAGGGAGUAACUACUAGAUCUAAAAUUAGAAAUUUUGUGCUUUCAUUGCUUAUUUAUCACUUAUUUAACCGGAGAACCAUGAAGUGGACCUCUCCGAACUGACUAGGUUCUAGCCAUGCAGGAAGAACUAAAUCAGUUUGAGAGAAAUAAAGUAUGACAUCUAGAGCCGAGACCCAAGAACAAGACCAUGAUAGGUCUCAAAUGGGUAUUCAAGAACAAGCCUUGAUUUUUAAAGCUAUUUAUUGUUUUGUUGUUGACAAAAGGGGGAAUAAUAUGUGCCCUAUGUGUUCUGUGCUCGAUACUUUGUGCUUAUUCAUUAUGAAACUAACUUUAGGGCACCAAGUGUUUGUCAUCAACAAAAAGGGGGAAUUUGUUGGAACAUAUUGUUUUGUUGAUGACAAACAACUAGUGUUAUUUUUAGUCUAUAAGUGAUUGCAGGAAAGGAAGAUAAACCAUAGACCUUAACCCGGAAAUAUCUACAACGGACAUAUAUGUUUUGUUGAUAACUAACCUUGCAGGUGGAACUAAUACAGAAUCAUUUCUAGUUCCUGUUUAAUUUGUGCACUCUUGAAUUAAUAUGAGUGCAUCUACUUGAUUUCCUAUUAAUAUGCUUUCCUUAUGUGAGUGCUCAUAUUUGUCAAGAAUAUUAUUUUGAACAAUAAUAUCUUCUUUGCAUGACCAUUAUAUGAUAUACGUAAUUUGCAUAUGAGUGCCUAUUUGAGUGCUUAUUCUCUUUCCAUACUUGACUUGACAUCCACUCAUUUAAAUAUAGUUUAAUACUUUAUGGAAAGUAUUUUUACUUGCUAUAUUAUGAGUGCAUGGUUUAUAUGAGGAUGUUGACCAUAGCAUUUUGUAUAUUUAAUUUGAUCAUUAAAGUAGCUUGACUUGCAAAUGAUUGCAUAAAUAUUCUCAUAUCCGUAACUUGCUAUGUACUCCCUUUUGGUUUGAAAAAGUUAUCUUUAGUGGAGAUAUUAAAUAAAUAUUUGUUAAAGGAAAGAUACUUUAGAAUAAAUUGCAUGGUUCGAAAGUUGACUGAGCAUAUCUAUAUUUGCUAAGUAAUUGAUUGCAUGAAUAUCUUACUGCCAUGGGACUUUGAUACAUAAUUAAAUAUUGAUCGUUGCAUGCUUGUGUGUGAUAAGCAAAUAUUUUAUUUCCUUGUGCAUGAUGAUAUGUUAUCUUAAUGAUCCUGAGUUAAUUGGGGCAUUAAGUUCGAAUAAGAAGGAACCACAUGGAAGGAAAGCAAUUCAAAAAUAUCAAGGCAAGUCCAUUAAUUUACCAAGUAACCAACUAAGGAAAGAGGAGCCAAUGGACGUCUUGCAUGAGGCUAUAUAUAUCGAGACUCAAGAUGAAUAAGUGUGGCUGGACCGAGAUAGACAUUGAGAGAUAUAUUCAUAAAAGAAUUACUGAAGCUCAAGGCACCUGAAACUGCUCACUCGGAGUUCUAGAUAUAGUUUCUUCUUUCCCUUCUUCGUAUUGUAAUGGGGUUUUGAGGAUUGGCUAAGAGCAGCCUCCUCGGGUUGAUUUGUGUGAGUGAGAGCUUUGUUGUAAAGCUGAGAGGCUCUCUACCCGCAAGGUAGAGAAGCGUAACUCUUCCUAGAGAGGAUAGAGUUGGGGUGGCUCAAGGGUAGACUAGGAGAGUUUCCCUUGUAAUCAUUCAAAGGCUAUUUAGUGAAGUUGUUAAAAUUCCUCCGAGGGAGGUCGAGGUUUUUUAAUCCCUUUGAGCCAAGGGAUUUUUCCUCGUUAAAUCCUUGUGCACUUUACUAUUUCGCAACUCCCAUCUCCCCACACUAGAACUGUGCGAAAAACUGCCACGGUUCCACACACACACAAUUCACCCCCCCUCUUGUGUUGCUAACCGUUUUCAUCAUAUUGAUUAUGAGAAUUUGGAAGUAUUUUGAGAUGAAUAUUUGGGCUUUACAUAUGAUUUAUGUUUUGGAAUAUAAUUACGAGGAUUUUGGUGGUUUAUGUAUAUUGACCUUUUAGAAUUAUUAUGAUUUGGAAUAUUAUUAUUUUACAUGUGAUUUUGUGAUGAGAAGUUUGUAUAAAAUGUUUCAUGAGGUUUCCUCCCAAAUGUUUUCACAAAAUGAUAUAUAUGUAUCAAACAUGAUUAUUUCCAGCUAAUUUUUGUUUCUUCGUGUUUUUCUUUCUAUACUUUAUUUGUGCAGGAAUUGAGGAUCAUAUUGAAGUUGAUUUCGAGAGCUUCCGCUAGAACACAUAGACUAAAGUGAUUGAGUAAUUUAUUUUAGUCUUAAUCUUAAAGAAUUGUAGUUGAACAGUUAAUUAUGGAAAAAUUUUAACAUGUUGGUGGUGGAUAGCCUGUGCACUCGGUUAUGUGAGAGCCGAGUGUGGCGGUAACGCCCCAGUUUCCCUUUGAAUUUUCCGCUGCAAGACUCUUAUGUUUUCGAAUAAAUCAUUAUUUACUUUGAAUAAAUCAUUAUUCAAAUGUAUUUUUGGGUGGGAAAUUUGGGGGUGUUACAUACAUGAUGCGGAAUUCCUAAAGGUACCAAUUUGGAUAAAAUUUUCGGGACUCUCGGUUAGGCUAUGGAACAAGGAGGAGAUGAGCAAGCUUGCCUCGAGGGUGGGACUGCCCAUCAUUGCGGACAAGGUCACUCAAGACAAAGCUAGGCCUAACUUUGCUAGAGUGCUUGUGGAGAUUGAUGUUUCAAAGCCGCCUAUCUUGGAGAUACCUAUGAUGCUCCCUUCGGGCAAGGUAAGGAACCAAUUUGUUAUUUAUGAAACUUUUCCUAACUUUUGUUGUCAUUGCAAGGUUUAAGGUCAUCAUCACUUCACAUGUAAAACAACAACAAUGAAGGAUAUUGUUGACCAACCAAAAGGUGGGAAUGAACUUGUGGUCUUUGACAAGGAGGGGGAUAAAGGUGGUAGGGCACUCAAGGCUCCAAAGCUUCAAAAGUGGGUGCAAAAGAAAAAAACUCAGUUCAAAGCUCUUAAUCCGAAGGUGCAACCUAAAGGGAGGCAGCCCGUGGCUAAGCAGGGGACUGCCCAGUCGCAACCAGUGGGCCCACAUCCAAAGGAAGGCCUCAAAAUUGCUCCUAAGUUGUCUGUUACUUCAAAGGAGCCCCAGGUACUUGCCCACAAACUCAUUGCCGCUCCCAGUACCUCUCUUGGACCCUCUGUACAAACUGUCAGGCCCUCAAAAGAUGCUGCCAAAGAUAGCUUGACAGUCAACAUGCUACCUAUUGUUCUACUGUCAAAGAACUCUCCUAAACCGACGCAUCAUGGGAAGGGUUCUAGGCUGAGAACUAAUCAAAUGACAAUCACAAAGAAUAGGUUUGGCAAGGAUGUGUGUGAGGAUCUACCGCCGGGUGAAUUAGUUUAUAGCAUGUAUGAGAUGCAUUACAAGGACAUUGUUACCGGAGUCUUUACGGAUGAAAAAGGAAAGAGAUUUGCCACUAUCAUUCAACCGGAGGAACUUCCAAAAUGGGAAACGGUGAUCAAAGUGGGUGUCGAUUACAAACCAGUCACCAAUGAGGAUGCACCGAGUGUUUAUUUCACUCAUAGUGGCAUUAUGAAUCUUCUGGGGGUUACCCGAAACCUCACAUGGUGUGGUUUCGAUCCCAAGCUUUUUCCUUCUAAUGUCUUUUCUUUUUUUGAUCAAAACUCCAAGGAGAACAGGAGGUAUUACAAGGAAAAGAUUCGUUGGGAACGUCGAAUACUCAAAGGAAAAGCAAAAGAGGGGGUAAACUCAAGUGAUGAGUCCUCGUCCUAUGAUGAUUUUUCAUGUUAAAGUUGCUCACUUGGAAUGUGCGAGGUUUGAAUAAACCUUCCAAGCAUAAAUUUAUUACUAGUUUUAUUAAAUUAAAUUGUGUGAAUCUUUGAUGUUUCUUGGAAACGAAAAUGACAAAAGAUAGUUUUAAUAAUUUUGUUUCUAAUAAAUGGCCCGGUUGGCUUUUAGAAACUAAUUUUGAUAAAAUUAAUGGUGGCCGAAUGGCAAUUAUGUGGAAUCCGUGUUUUUUAGAUUGUGUUGUUAUUGCGGUGCAUGAACAAUAUUUUCAUAUUAGGUGUGUGUGCCGAACAACACAAAUGUGUUUUCAAGUGACGUUUGUGUAUGCAUUGUAUACCGUGUUGGAGCGUCGAGCGUUAUGGGAUGAAGUUGCUAUACUAGGUGACCAAAUUAGGGAGCCUUGGCUUAUAGCAGGUGACUUUAAUUGCAUUUGCGCUCCAAAUGAAGGGGUUGGGCCGAGCCCCCCUACGGCCUACAUGAUGAAGGAUUUGUUUGAUUUUAAAAUUAGAGCUAGUCUUGAGGAUGCCCCAUCCACGGGAGAGUUUUUUACGUGGAAUAGGGGUGCCCUUCGGGCUAAACUUGACCGUGUUCUUUUAAACGAUGUUUGGGGGCAACUUGAUAUUAGUUGUAAGGCCCAUUUCCAGGAAAUGGAGGUUGAGUUUGAUCAUACGGCUUCCGUUGUAUCAAUACUCAAUAAUUCCUCUCUUAGGCCGAAACCCUUUAAAUUUUUUAACAUGUGGAUUAAGCACAAGGACUUUACUAAUAUUGUUGUACAAGGUUGGAGUCAAUUUUUUCAGGGUACAUCUCAAUAUUCAAUUGUGAGAAAGCUUAAAAGAGAACAUUGGAUUAUGGCAAUAUAUCAUUGAAAGCAAAGAGAGCUAAGGAGGACUUUAAAAUAUUAAACAAAUUGUGGCUUGAGUUGCCUCUUGACGAUGGACUCAAAUUGCAAGUGACUGAGGCUAGGAAACGUGCUACGUUUUUGGGAGAGGCCGAGACAAGCUUCUACCAACAAAAAGCCAAGGCCACACAUAUUCUUGAAGCAGACAAUGGCACAAGAUACUUUCAUGCUAUGGUCAAGAGAAAUGUUACUCGUAAUGCUAUAUCUUCUAUUUCGUUAGACGACGGUAGCCUCACCACUUCGUUGGAUCAAGUGGGUGAUGAAUUUGUAAAAUUUUUUGUGGAUUUGUUUGGCACUAGCUCGGUGAACCGUGGCCUUGACCCAUUGGUCUUAGGCACCGGCCCUUUGAUUGAACCAAGUGUUCAUGAUGGCCUACUUGCUCCAAUAACAAAUAAGGAAAUUAAAGAUACCUUGUUUGAUAUUGGAGAUGACAAGGCACCGGGGCCGGACGGUUUUACCUCGGCCUUCUUUAAGGCUAAUUGGAAUUUGGUUGGGGAUGACAUAGUCCAAGCAACAAAGGAGUUUUUCGGACGGGUAAGCUGCUUAAACAGAUUAAUCAUACUGUCAUAGCACUUAUCCCUAAGACUAAUCACUCCCCUAAGGUUUCGGACUAUAGACCCAUUUCUUGCACGAAUGUUUUAUAUAAGAUUAUCACAAAAAUUAUUGCGGCUAGAUUAACCCCAUGCCUCUCGGGGUUGGUUAAUCAAGCCCAAGGAGCGUUUGUGGAUGGCCGCCUAAUGUUUGAUAACAUUUUCCUUGCCCAGGAACUUGUUAGAGGAAGCGAAUCUCACCAAGGUGCAUGAUUAUGGUAGAUUUGUGUAAGGCCUACGACACGAUUUCUUGGGACUUUCUCGAAAAAGUCCUUGGGGGUUUGGGUUUUCCUCGUUUUGUUGCAUGGAUUAUGGAGUGUGUAUCUACGGCCUCAUUCUUGGUUUCCUUGAAUGGGUCGUUGUACGGUUUUUUUAAAGACAAACGGGGUAUAAGGCAAGGGGAUCCAAUGUCCCCUUUGCUAUUUGUACUGUGUCUUGAGUAUUUUUCCCGAUUACUCACCUUGAGGGAAAAAGGGAAUAAUUUCAAUUUCCACCCGCAAUGCUCUUCUUUGGGCAUCACACAUUUGGCCUAUGCGGAUGACCUUAUGCUCUUCUCGAGAGGUGACAAGUAUUCUAUAGAAAUAUUGGUCAACGCUUUCAAAGAGUUUGGGGAUGCAUCGGGCCUUCGGGUGAACCACGAUAAAUCUAAGAUUUUUGUUGGUGGGGUGAGAGACUUUGAGCUUCAAAAUAUUUUGGACUUGGUUGACUAUGGGCAAGGAACAUUCCUGGUAAGGUACCUUGGAAUUCCUCUUGCCCCUCUUAAGAUCUCGGUUGCACAAUAUACGCCCUUACUUGAUACGGUAAAUGAUUUUUUGAAAGCAUGGAAUACGAAAACAUUAUCCUAUGCCGGGAAAAUCGAGCUAAUACGACCGGUGAUCCAAGGGGUCCAAUCGUUUUGGCUCCAAAUUUUUCCGGUUCCCCAAACCAUUUUGGACAGGAUAGUGUCCAUUUGUAGAAUUUUUUGUGGGGGGGCAAGUUUGCGAAAGUAGCUUGGGACGACAUUUGUCUCCCAAAAGAGGAAGGCGGGCUCGGCAUACACAAUGCUAAGACCUGGAAUGAUAGCCUCCUUUCGCGCACUCUUUGGGACGUACACAAAAAGAAGGACACCUUGUGGGUCCGUUGGGUGAAUGGCGUUUACCUUCGGGGUGAAAGUGUGUGGGAGUUUAUCCCACAUGGCCGGGACUCGCAACUUAUGAAGAGGUUGGGCCUAAUUCGAGACAAAAUUCGAGGGUGUUUUAAUAAUUCAAAUGAAACCAUCAUGGGACUAAAUGCUAGGUGCAUCAAUGGGAAAUUAAUUUCCGGCAAGGUUUACGAACUCCUUAGAGUUAAGGGGAACCUGAGGACUCCAAUGAGUUUCAUUUGGAAAUCAUAUAUCCCUCCAAAAUUCUCAUUCAACGUUUGGUUGGCAUUGAGAAACAGGCUUCCUACCAAGGAUAACCUCGGUUACCUACAUAUAGUUAAUAGGUGUGACUUAUGCAAGGGUGGAUUGGAGACAAUUCCACACCUAUUUUUCCAAUGUCCAUUUUCUUGCAGGGUAUGGGAUAGAAUUAAAGCAUGGAUUGGACUCGGGCAUCACAUGACUACGCUCCUAAGUGCAAUCAAGUGGAUCACCAAGACGCACAAAGGAGCAACCUUGAAAGCCAAGACUGGGCGGCUUGCAUUAUGUGUCGUGGCCUACUACAUUUGGCAAGCGCGAAAUGAGGCGAGAUUUGAUGAAGGGAAGAAGACGAAAGAUGACGUGGUUGCUAAGAUCAAGCAUGUGGUCUACAAGAUACUGUCCAGUAUCUACCCACAUGACUGGAUCAACUUUUGAAGUGGAGCUAAGGACUUUUUGGGAAGCUACGGCUUAGCCUCUAUAUAUACCGGAUUUGUGUGCGUGCACCUUGUAGCACCAUUAUAGUUUUGAUUUUUGACUUAUUGGCCGCAUAUUUUUGCGUAUAGGUCGAGAUUGACUUAGACUAGACUAUUAGCCUUUUCUCACCCUUUCCUUUUCUCACGAAAUAGGAGGGGGAGGGGGGCUUUUGAUUUUUGGACACAUUGUACUUGUUAAAUUUUGCUUGGGUGGUAAUAUAAUUUACAUUUAAAAAAAAGGAGUAAAGGAAAAUAAAAAUUAAAACAAA